AUGGGAAGUUGCGUCAGCUCACAAGAGGCUGUCGUCAUCUCUAACGAGACGAUACAGCCGGACAAGUCAGAAAAGUCUGGCAAAAAUGACAAACAGGACGAUGGGUAUGUACGUACUUUAGUUGCAUACAUUAGUAGUGAUUUUAAACAUCUAAUAUUCAAAUCAAUUUAGGCUAAAAUAUAGGCAUGGUUAAAUUUAAGUCAAUCCAGCAGUUUACUCAAGAGGAUGUGAGGAGCCCAGGGGAUGUUUUUAGGAGCCUUACCAUGUGCUCCCUCCCCCCCUUCCCCUCGCCACUUAUGGGAAAGUAUUGGUUACCAGACCGGUUUGACGGUGCUGUGUUGACAGGCGACUGGACGUGGCUGUGGUUCAGUUGCCAAGGUGACUUCCUUGCUUCUGAAGGGAUCUCUCCCCUCCUUCUUUACCAUCUUGAUGUUAUCCACGAAUUAAUGUAUUCUUUUUAAAGUUAUCAAAUGACCUUUUCUUCGUAAUUUUGUGCGGUGUCGUUAACUUAACCCCACACUCCUAAACAUCUACCUUCCUAACCACUUCGGCUUUUAUCACCUAUCCUACACCCACUUUUAACCACCUCAAGUUUAUCGAUUCUAUCGUCUUUUUUCAGGGUCGUUAUCAAAGCCAACACACCUUGUAAGUUUGCCUUGUUUGGUUUUCUCUAUUAUAUAUCUUCAAUUCUAGAUUCUAAUUUACCGGAAAAUCGUCCACUUUUAUUAGUAGCGUUAAUUAAUUUGUCUGAAUUUGCUUCCUUCAUUUCAGGGCGUAACCUUGGUUAUGAAGUCUACAAAGGACUUAUGGGGGAAGAAUUAUUCAGAGAGAAAGUUGAGGAAUUUGAAAAGGUGAAAUUGUGUUAUUCUUUUUGGAGGAGAUAUCAGUCCAUCCCAUAAACCCUUAAUUUCGUAUUCACUGAAAAAUGUCUAAUGCCAAAAAAACUUCUACACCAACCCAUAUAUUCUGCUCUGCUCCUGUUAUAUUUAUUUCCCUUAUUGAAAACAGUCCUACAACACUGGUACCUCGCACAACCGAAAACUUAGUCUUACGGGUUUUCCUUCGUUUCACCUAGCCUCUUCCCCCACCUGGACUUUUCGCUCAAAGCAGAAUUGCAUAUGAUACUACCAAACUCAAGUUAGUCUUUGGCGCGAUCGUUUUAGUCAAGGGACAACGAGCAACUCACCCAGUUGGAGUUGGAUCUGAGGGGAUUGCGACAAUUGUCUCUAAUCCACAAUUUCCAGCGUGUGAGUUUUUUACUCCCGGAACUACGUACCCAGUCUGCCUCCGUCACUCUACUAUCAAGUCCGUGGAUGACGUACUGAUUGACUUUUGCGGCGGGGCGUUAAGGUUUGCCGGAAGUGAUGAAAUGGAUAGUCCGUGCGAUCUCAUUAUGGGGACUGGACCGACAACACCAUUAUGGAGUUCUCAGGCCAUAUUUGAUGCAGUAAGAGCCAAUAUCACAAAGGAUUUGAAAACUUAUUUGCUUCUUGGGCCUGAUCAGUAAGUGGAAGAAUUCUGAAAUUUUCAAUUCACCCCUUUUCCGAAGGGUUUUUGCAAGGUGUUUUUUUACGUUUACGGAUUCCUGUUUUUUUAAGAACUUGAAGAAAAGUAUGUACCCCCAUUGUAGAAUUGUGACUUGAAGACUCCACUUUGGAAUUUUUUUUAUUCAUCAACAAAGACGACGAUGGAAUUCUUAAUUUUUCCUUUCUUACGUUUACAGUCUCAAAGCCAACAUUGGAGGUCUACGCCAAAAGCCUGAAUCUUUUUACGACCAGCGAUAUUACUCAGAAGUGAUUUUCGACUUCAAAGCGUUCGAUGAAGUGAAGCGUUACGUCAGAUUCCGGCUGCUGCCCGCUGAUGGGCGAUCAGAAACAGGCUUGUUGUCUGAGGAAGUCCAGUGGCAGCCAUGGUGAGUUGGGAACGUCAAAUCUAACUGAUAUAGUGGUAAAUGUAAAUACCACGAGUUUGAGAAAUCGAACCUUCGUAAAGUUGAAUUUUACUUCGGGCAAAAAGAUUCCAUACAGUAUAUUUCCUGCAAAUACGGGAUGCAAAUUUUCCAACUCCGGAAUAAACAAAAGCUAGUACAAAAAUUUCCACUGGAUAUUUUAUUUCCUUACAGGAUAAAUGAAAGGUCACCCGAUGAGACUUUACCAAUGGACUACCUCAAGCGUGAGUACAAAGAGAGAGUUUCCAAGGGACCACUCGACUAUAAACUACAGCUGCAACUCCAUGAACCGAAGGAAAAUGAUCCUCCAACGAUCCUUCAAGUUGGGAGGGAAUGGGACGAGAAAACACAUCCAUGGCUUGAUGUGGCUGACAUCAAAAUGACGUCACUAUUGUCCCCGACGGCAACGGAACGCCUGAAAUUUAUUUAUAAAAAUCUUCCUGCUUCAAUUGGUGUUUUACCAGCCGUGUCUGUUGACGAUCCCAAUGUCGUUGUCCAAAUUCGUAAUGAUGUGUACGUUUGGUCUCAGAAGCUACGUAAAAACAGAUCAAACAAGCUUGUCCCAGAGCACCUGACAUCCUAUCUUAUCCGCGUAGAAACUGGAGACCAGUCUGGAGCAGGAACGGACGCUUCCAUUUCAAUUACAUUAACAGGUGACGUACCUAAACUCUUAAGGUGAUUCCUCAGAAAAAGAAGUUAUCGAUCAAUUUUUUUUUUUACUUUCCUUAAAUUUUCCCUACCAAUGUCUGUUUUGAAACUUACAAUUUAAAAGAUAGAUCACCUUGCGGUUAAGAGAUAUGAUGAGCCAAAUCUACAUCACUUAUGCCUGUUCUGGCAAUAAUGACGCGGGUCAUUUCAUCGGUUCACGGUACAAUUUGAGCUAGCUGAAAGGUUUUUAAGAUAAAAUUAGAAGAAAAACUUGAUAGGCAGAAAGUCUCGAACGCAUGGAACAAUUUCAUAUAUAAUUUGUGAAAAAAUCACGCAAUUUUAUACGACAUCGACUCAAAACCUUCCUCGAAUCGUUGCUUUCAAGGUCAUAAUUUGCAUCAUCGAGUAGCGGGAUUUGUGUAUGCAUUUAGCUAUUUUUUUUCCCUUCGAUGUAUUUUUUUUUAAUUUGUCCAAUUUGAAGGGGAUAAUUUGUACACCAAGAUUAUGCAAUAAAAAAUAUAGAUCACUGUGCUCGUUCACGAGCUAAAGACCAUCGUACCUCUCUACCUGGUCCAUUAAUUGAAAACAAUACCGUGUUUUCGGAAUGCGCGCUUAUUCGCCUGAUUACGUAAUUUUUAGGCGUAGUACAGGAUACGCAAUACUGAAGAAUCACAUUAAAUGAUUUUUGGUCUGAUCGGUAAGCCAUAUAUGGAGUCAAGAUAUCAUUAUACUGAUAUUUUAUCGUUAUUCAGGCACCAAAGGAAAGACAGAUAUGAUUAAACUGGAUAAAUGGGGAAAUGACUUUGAGAGAGGAGACGUUGAUGAAUAUUCCGUUGAGGCAAUGGAUGUUGGCGAAAUUCUUAUGAUGCAUCUUCAUAAUGACCAAGGUGGUUGGUGGUACAAGAAUCCUGAUUGGUUCGUGAACAAGAUCGCAGUGAUAAGUUCCUCUCAGGAUGAGCCAUUUGAGUUUCCAUGUUAUCGCUGGGUGCUAUCUGAUUUGGUGGUAUUUGAAGGGAGAGGUAUGUUCCUAUAUUUAUAAUAUCUUUCCAUCUGCGGGAGAAAUCUUACUAAAGGUUUUGUAUGGCUUUCGUUACAACUAUGAGCGAAUUCGAUUUGUAGCUCUUUAGAGCUCUCCACAAUUUAUCGUGUUCAGUUUUAUGUCACCCUCACUCACCAUCUUUACUUCUGCUCUUCAUCCAGGGUAGGAGGCGAAAACAUCAACUCUUUACUAUCCUUUAUCACGACUCGAGUGCUUCUCCAGGUUGUCUCUAUUUGUUACCCCAUCUGUUUUUCCAAGCAGGCAGAUAUAGAUCUAUACUUCGCUUUCCCUCGAAGACGGUCGAAUCGAGUAACACUUCCUUUCCCUCUAUACAGGUUCUCUAACAUGACAACGUUUUUCACCUAAAUGAAAAUUCCUAAGCAAAAUAACCAAAGCACAUUCCGUUGUCACACCUUUAACCCUAUUCCUGUGCGACAUGGACGACCCAUACGGGACCUGUAGAAGUUUAGCCAUCACAGCAAAUGGAUAAUAUUUAUGGUUGGACAAAAAGUCUUAGGCCCAAAUCAAGUUUAUUUCAAAAUGAUGCAAAAUCAAUAUCUUACUUGUAGAAAAAAAGUAGUAACACACUUUUUGUGGAAGUAUCCUCCCCUUUAUCUUAUUUUUUUUUAAAUACGAAUAGCGUCAAUCGAAUACUUAGAUUAUAGUAUGGCAAAUAGAUAAAUUUCAGCAUGUUUUCCAUACCCUAUUUACAGCUACUCUUCCAUUCCAAGAGCAGCCAGAUGCCGUUAAAAACCAACGAAUUUUUGAAGUAAAAAAUCGCCAGGAGUAUUACAAAUGGGGAAAUCAGGAGGUGUACCAGGAACUUCCUGGUUAUCUUCAAGCAGCGACACAUGCAGAUAUUCCAAGGGAUUCGCAGUUCUCUGAUGAAGCUAGGAGCACCAUAAAGGAAGACAUUAAAAAAGCGAUUUUAAAACUAGGUCUCGGUUAUUUGAUGACACUUUUCGACAGCUGGGACAAUUUCGAUGAUUUUGAAAAGAUUCUUCAGAGCCUUAAUCGUGGUCGGCUGAAGAUAGUCGAAGAUGACCGAUGGAUGACCGACGAGGUAUUCGGGUCAAUGUUCUUGAACGGCGUAAAUCCGAACAUCAUCCAGCGCUGUGAGAAGUUGCCAAAAAAUUUCCCUGUCACUGAAGAAAUGGUGAAAAGCUGUAUGAAUCGAGGAACGACUCUGCAAGAGGAAAUGCAGGUAUGUUUUACUAUAAAACGCAUCGUGCAAAGUGUGCAUCAAAACAACCUGCUUCCUAGGAUGCUAUUAUAAAAAAGAAAACGUCCUAGACAAAACGAUGUUGAAGUGGAAGAUAAAGAAAAUAUCCGACUCUCUGAAAGACGAGAUGGCUCGUAUACUAGAUUUGAUAUUGGCAAUGCCGAAGGAUUCCUGUCUUGCAAAUGAGAAACAGGGGUCUAGUGCAGAAAUAUUAAUUAUUAUGAAAUAAAUUUUUUGCAAAGUUCUUUUUACAACUAUUUCUUGCACAUCAUAAUGUCAAUUCAACUGUUUUUCAAUAGGCAGGUCACGUGUACAUUGUAGAUUACAAGAUGCUUGAGGGAAUUCCAGAUAGAGAGGGCACUUACUCUACACAACCUCUGGGUCUGUUUUAUGUCAACGCUUCAGGCGACCUGGUUCCCAUUGCCAUUCAGUUUUUCCAGCAACCAAGCGACACCAAUCCAAUAUGGACUCCAAGUGAUUCUCAGUAUGAUUGGCUGCUGGCAAAGAUGUGGCUGCGUAGUGCUGACUCUCUAGUACAGCAGGUAUUUCUCUAGAUCAUGGUAUUUUAUUAGUGGACCCCUUUAAUUUAAACGUCAUGAGUCGUCAACUUGUAGCCGGACCAUAGGCUGAUGAAAGAGAGACUGCUCAAUAGGCGAUCAUUAGAAAUGGAACUUGUUGUCCAUUAGGCAUAUUUCUCAUAGAUUAGAACCACAUCUUAUCAAGAGAUCAAAAACAGCCCAUGAAAGGGUGGCUUGUAACCAGAAAAUGCCUCGUGUUUCAAGGUUGAUAUUUGCGGUACAUUUUAUUUUCAUCUCUAUCCUUGACUGUGUUUGUUCCCCUUCAGUUAAGCAGUACUGGAAUUGCUUCUUUAGUAUACGUAAAUUAUUAAGACCUCUUUGCGAUAAAAUAAAUUUCAUUCAGACUUAAAUCAUAAAAACAACUGAACAUGUUGACACGCUGAUUUUGCGCUCCUUUCUGAGUUGUAAUCUAUUAACUCUUAUUGAUAGAGAAGGACACCUUUCUGCAACUUUCUGCAGGUAAAUACCCAUCUACUCGAAACCCACCUUGUAAUGGAACCAUUUGCUGUGGCGGUAUGGCGACAGCUGCCCUCGAUUCACCCCGUCUUUCAGCUCCUUUUUCCACACCUUCGCAGUGUGAUGGCGAUCAAUAACUUCCUUAGAACUGGCUUUGUAGCUGAGAACAAAAGAGCCCAAGAGAUCCUUAAGAAAGGUUUCAAGACUUUCAAGUUUGGUAUGCUCUCACUUCCCGACGCCUUAAAAGACAGAGGUGUUGAUGAUCCGGAGAAAUUACCCAAGUUUUAUUUCAGGUGAUUGCUAAGAAAUGUACCUCAGAAUCAUCUUUGAAUUAGAUCAUUACAAGCUGCUUCUUAAUUUUUGGUCAAUGCCGUGAAUAUAUACUGCCUUUCACAGACCUUUUGUUUCCUCAAUUUCGUUAUAAAGGAAAAUUAGUAUGUGUGACGAGCUGAAAAGUGUAAUCAUCACCAUCACUGUUUUUCUUAUUUCCAAAACCCUAGUUGCCUGGAUAAAAUUACCAAUUUUCUGUUUCUUAGGGAUGAUGCCCUCUGUCUUUGGUCAGCCAUUACAUCUUUCAUAAAAGAGGUCAUCAUCCUUUAUUACAAGUCAGAUGAUGACGUCACCAACGAUAACGAGCUCCAAGCUUGGAUUAAAGAUGCUCAUGACAACGGCUUUUUAGCGGGGGAGGUCGGCGACGACCACGGAUGUCCAAACGGCCUUGAAACACGUAAUCAACUCAUUCAUGUGCUAACAUGCUUGGUGUUCACGUGCUCAUGUCAGCAUGCUGCAGUAAACUUUGGUCUGUUAGAUGUGGCAGGUUUUGUUCCCAAUGCUCCCUCGGUGAUGCGCCAACCGCCUCCUACGAAGAAAAACGAGACAACUCUCAAGUCCAUUAUGGACACACUGCCGAGCAAGUCUCAGGCUGCUCAACAAGUAGCGUUGGGUUACGUCUUUACACAAUUUGCAGAGGAUGAGGUAAGCUUCUGUCAAGCUAGGCUUUGAAUCCACGAGUAACCAGUGAUUUCGCGCUCAACCAUCUUUGCGGAUUCUUCCCCUAACGUAAAAGGAAUUCACCCCGACCCUCACCAGAUUGCCCCAAUUUUAAGGAACUUAGUUUUAGGCUUCCCCGCUCCUUUCUCUUGAGAAAUAUUCCCGGCAACUUACUAGUACAUCUCCUUUUCAAUUUAAAUUGAACUUCUUCCUCAAUAGGGACAGCCUGACAAAAAAGAGCCCCUAAAUAUAAUCAUGUUAUUCAGUUAAAGAUAUUAUAUUUUACAACGCAACUCCCCAAUGUCAGAUUUUACACUAUCCAUAGGUGUGGUGAAUUUGCUCACAGUUCUUUAACACAACCUCCGUUUUAUUCCUCUCAUAGCGUUAUAUCGGUGACAUUACACACAGCCUCUUGACUGGUGACGAGGAAGAUGCCGCCAUGACUCGUUUCCAAGUCGCUCUUCAAAAGAUCUCCGAUUCGAUCAAAGCCCGCAAUGAAUCAUUGGAAUUGCCGUACAUCUUCCUCUUACCCGAGAGAAUUCCCAAUAGCAUUGGUGUCUGAGGUUAAUAGACAAAAUUGAACAAUAAACAAUUUUGCAGAAGAAAUACGGCGCUUUUAAGCCCAUAAGUUUGUUGUGCGGUGUAUAUUGCAUUUGGCAUUGGCGUCGAAGACAUUAUCGCAUCUUUUUUUUGUUUCGUUUUUGUUGCUGUUGACAUCUGGUUUUGGCCUCUAGUUACAACAGUUCUCGAGGUUUGUUAUUUAGCUGUUUAUAAUUUUCAACUAUGCGUAAUUACACUUAUCCUGGUCUCAGUGUGGGAUCCAUGCUAUGUUUACCUUCCUUUCAGAGAAUAAUGUCGAAUUUUUCUUUGAAAGUGAAUAUAUUUAUAGCAAUAUUUACACGGAUAACAAUUACACAACAUUUUUUAAUUUUUUUUUAUUUUGCCUGCCUUGAUGAAUAGUUCUAUUUUUAUACAAGCUUUUAAACUCAAGUCCUGAUCAUGAAUUUUUUCUAUGACAAAACGUUUACCAUUUAUUGCGUGACAGAGAAUUUAUAAAAAUAAACCUCCUUGAUAUUUUAGAUCCAUUCUAGGUUAUUUCUCUACGCUUGUAACCCACUUCAGGUCAUAUAUUUCUAAAGACUGAGAAUUACAGUACCAUUUACUGGCGAAUAUCUAUUGCUAAUCAUCCUUCACACUGAAUUCAUAACUAUUAUAUUCGCUCCUAAGAGUACGUAUCUUGCUAAUUCAUGGAAGGAGCCGCGCCCCUUUGCUCUCUCCUUACACACACUCUCUUCUGUUCUUAAUUUGGUUAUGUAACAGUUUUUAGGUGAUAAUUUUUUUUAUCACGAAGAGUUUCAGCAACCAUGAUUUCCAAAUAAAUAGAAUAUGAUCGAGGAUCAGUAUAUGCAUGCUAGAGAAAAAAUUUAUACAACUCUACCAUUCAUUUUCGAAACAUUGAUUUCAGAAGAUUAAUAAUCUAAUUAUGCAAUUCGAUUAGAGUUGUACUAAAAGAGAUAUCUUGGAAGAAAUUCCAAAUUUACGGAAAAGAAUAAUACAUUCAAACAGAAGAUAUCAAGAAAAUUUUCAACCAAUGGCGUUGUAGUGACUAUCGCCUUUGUCUUCGAGAUUCCAUCUAUCAGUUUAAAAGUUGUAAUUUUCGGGUGAAGGAUUAAGUAAUAUUGAGAAGUGCAGGCUAGCAAUAGGUUGCCACCAGGGAAAGCAUGGCGAUCUUUUUUCCAAUAUUUGAACUUGACGCGAGCGACUGGAACGGACUGAGGGUGUGUCUUAAUUAAUUCUGCAGUUUCUUUCUUUUCGCGCUCGAAGCUAUAAAUAUUCUUAAGCUUGAUUCUAGUAUCGCAAUUAAUUUUCCAAUCGAAGGGGUGUGUUUUGAAACAGAAUUAUUGCCAUUUGAGGUGAGUUGCAAGAUUUAUUUCGUAGAGGUCAGCAGUGAGUACCACUAUUCAUCUUUUUGCUAUUAUUGUUGUAGACGUUUUAUAUCAGUAAUAGUUUGGGAUGUCAAGCCGAAAAAAAAGGACAAUCGAAAAUAAAUAUUAACCGCCA